AUGGGAGACGCCAACUCGUCGACUUUCACCCAACCAUGGCAGGUUUCUAUCCUUUACCACAAUGAAACAGAUCUGAACUCAAAGUAUGCUCCACCUUGGGUUGACUCUCCUAAUAUCAGGGGCACGUUCGACAUUCUUGAAAGUUGCAUCUUUACCCUCAUCGCCUGCGUCUUCACGGCCCUUCAUCUCGACAUAAUUCCAAACUCUACAUGGCAAUGCCGACUGCUACAGAAGAUAAAAUGGGUCCUGUUAACCAUUGUGAUCCCGGAAAUCUCCAUGUUCACCGCGGGUAAUCAGAUUGCCAGUGCCUGGUUUCUGAAGUCGAAACUUAGAAAAAUACAGAAACAACAGAAGUCGUCAAUAUCAUAUCCUGAUGAUUUUAAGAUCAACUUGAAGUACGCCUACUUUAUUGUCAUGGGAGGAGUUCGCUUCGACGUUACCAACAUCUUGUCUACUUCGGAUCUUGACCCUUCAGCUAAGAAGAUUUUCAAAGACCCUCAACCCGAAAAAGGCCAGAAACCCGUUCGACAAACCGUCCGCGCAGGCCCGCCUGCUAUAGUUGAACUCGCCAGCAAGGGCCAUUGGUUUAAAGUCCUAGAGAAAGACAUUGACGACAAGAGUAAGGCUGGUGUAUUUCAAAAAGCCGUUGUUCUUAUUCAGAUACUCUGGAUGAUUACGCAAUGUGCUUGCCGGUUUGUAUUUGGACUUCCAGUUACACUACUAGAAAUCCAUACUAUGUUGCAUGUAUUUUUUGCUAUCAUCCAAUACUGUUGUUGGAUCAAGAAACCAUUGGAUGUUCAAGAACCAUUCGUUGUUCAACCACAUGCUUUCGAAGCCGAACUGGCCAUUAUGCUACAGAAGCAGUUCUAUAGCAGGAUGUCAUACAGUCUAGCACUCUUCCCUUCACGUCAAACACCAGAACAGCCACCCCCAGAAGGAUCUUAUGGUCGCCAAAUGAGAUGGAUCGAUCCGGCGUCGACAGAAAUGAAAGUUGGCGAUAUUCUACCUUCUGGGCUUGCUUUCUACACCGCAAAUACCAAGGAUGCUUUAUAUCCUCUCGAAAACAUAUGGGGUGGCCAGACAAUGGUUAAACACAAGCUCUGUCGAAGAUCUGAACCCGUCAUGGACUCUUUCCCACUUACACCUGAGUUCUUUCGACGAUGGAAUCUUAUUCUGUCCAGAUACUCUGACGAACAGCGAGAUUACCUGGCUGAAACGUCGAUAAGGGCUCGACUGUACAGAUGUGAGGAAGAUGGUAUACCGGAUCUUCCGGAGAGAGAAAAACGUAUUCUUCUCCUAGCGCGCCUGGACGAAUUCAGACAAGAACUGAUAUUGAACUGCGACAGAGAUUUCUGGGAGGGUAGAAGUUUCUUCUCCCUUGAUCUUGCUCCGCAUUAUGAAACGCAAGGUUUUCUUUCGAAAUAUGGUCCUAUGUGGAAGUUCUGGAGGUACGACAAGAUAGUAUUCCUCGCUGUUAUCCUGUCUAUUUGCUAUGGCGGCCUUCAUCUUACGCCUUCAUUCUUGUUGACUUUCCCUUCGUACACAGAGGCAGUAUUCUGGCAGCUCAGCUGUGCGAUCAUCAUGUGCGCGUUGCCUGUUUACGUUGUAAUAUCAGGCAUGAUCUGGCUCACCCUUUGGUGUUUAUUCCUUGACAGGUCUCAUGCUCUCGUCUUUCCACGAAGGACACCGGAAUAUCUCAGGAGAUUCAUCAGAAACCUCGCCAAGUUCUAUUGUAUAUACUUGCUAUAUGUUUUGGGUACCGCAUAUGUUCUGUCAAGGGCCUUCAUUGUCGCUGAAAUUUUUGCAAGCUUGCGACAUUGUCCCGUUGGAGUUUUUGUCACUUUCCAGUGGUUACAGCUGUUUCCUCAUUUUUAG